AUGAACUUCCCUGCCUGCAUGCAGGCACGGCGAAGUUUUGCCAGGAGGGUAGAACAGGGGCUGAAGCCAUCGUCCCUCAGAGUGCGAAGUGACAAGUCCAACUUCAACGACAUAAUAAAUAAGUACUUUCCAAAUGCGAAGCUGCGAAAGGGAGCAAGUGGGCGUAACAUCCCUCCCUGCAGCGACAGCACUGGGGAAAAGUACUACUUGUCUGCAAGAAUGAAAAGAAAGGCGGAACAGUUAAGUGGUGGUAAGGAUGUCGACCUUAGUGGAGUGGAAGCGGGGAGUGCAGCCUUCCUUCCGACCAGCAGCCCCACAGAUGGUAAGCAACUGUAUGAAAAGGCAGUUACAAAUUUUAUGACCAGCCCAAAGGGACCUCACAAGACCACGCAGCCAAGCAGGAACAAUGCGAAGCGAAUAGAACUGAUGGAGAUAACGAAAGAGGAUCACGAAAUUCAAAAAUACAAAAAUAAGUUACACAAGAGAAUAUGGAUUUGUCUUAAACGGAAUAAUGAAAAAGAGUUUGAGAAUUUGUACAACGAACUAAGCAUGUACCAUUUGAAGGAUGAGGUGUCCUACACUAUCCUGCUCCAUGGCAAGCUCAUUAUAUCCGAUGGGGGAGACAUGAAAGAGUGUUUUAAGCUACUUGACGAUAUGAAACAAAACAAAGUGCACCCCUCACUAGUACGUUUAAAUGAAAGGUUGCUCUGUAGCUACUAUGAAUUGGCCAAGUUAAAUGUGAAACCGAGAAGCAAGCAGUGGGUUAAAAUAUUAAGGACCGUUUGGUUUACCUCCGCUUUGAUUAAGGCACGGAGACAAAAGUUCAUACUACGCAAUUUAACUCGAAUGAAGAAAAUAAAAGGGGAUGGAAAUUCUGCUCUGCUCAGCAACUUUAACAAUAUGUUUAAUAUUCACAGUUUGCAGUCGCUGUACGUGGAGGGCAGGGAUCCCCUCCUCGGGGGGGGUGCUCAAACUAAACACGCCCCCGCUUGCGAACCCAUCAGUGGGGGAAUCCACCGAUAA